AUGACAGCCAGAGGGACAGACAGAAAAUUCCCAUGCGACCAAUGCCGACGGCGUAAAGUGAGAUGCAACUAUGCAAUGCCAUGCGACCGCUGCGCCAGUCACGAACUUCCGUGUGCCUUCAACACUGUCAGGAAGAAGAGAGGCCCAAGGCCAGGCACAGGCACAGUCAUUGAAUCACUACGAGAGCCGGCGAGCCAAUCUUUGCCAUCGAUAGAAUCAGGAGGCUAUAACGGCAAUUCCCUUGAGAAUGUCCGCACUGAGCAACCAUUUCAGAACCAUCAACCCACCAUCACAGCCAGUCCCAAUAUUGCCGGCCUGGACCAUGUACACUCUGGGUUAUUCCAGACUGUUCUGGCAGAGCCUCAAUCGAAUCAACAUACCAACCAGUCUUCACCACAAAGCUUCGUCGAUGACGCGUACUUUACCUUCGAUGACUUUGCUCAGAACAUACUUUCGUCCACAGUACCACUGCAAGGGCAACGACUGAUUGGAGACCGAUCUUUGCUUAUGAACUGGAAUGGACUCCAGUCUGUGUCUGCUGUCAAUCAGCAUAAAAUUUCCAUAGCCAGCCCAUCAACGUGGAGCGACGUGCCCGAUCAGGGAGACUGGCGUGAAAUUGAGCACGGCGUCGGCCUCUUUUUCGAUAAAAUGUAUGCGGUGUAUCCGAUCAUGGAAGAGAAGCACCUACGUUCACUUCUGGAAAUCCCUUAUCAGAAGCUUCAACGGGCAGAAGUAAGGCUUUUAUGGUCUAUUUGCGCUCUGACAUUAAUGGCUGUCGAUGCGUGGCCGACCAUGGAGCUGGAAAGGAGAACCGCUGCUGCACGACAGUAUAUCCGACGAUGUCUAGAAGACCGUAUAUCAUCGAACUACAUCGAAAAUGCUACGGUCGAGGAUGUAUUGACGUCGCUGUUCAUAGCUGUGACGUACUUCGAUCUCAAGUGCCGCAAGAACGCUUGGUUUUACGUUAGAGAGGCGAUAAGUCUGGCGCAAGCGGCAGGCAUGCAUACCGCUGAGAGCGACUCGAAGCUACAGCCAGCCGAAAGAUUACGCAGGCAACGCAUCUACGCUUUGCUAUUUAUCACUGAACGCGGCGCCUGUAUACAUGACGCAUUCUCCAUCAGCAUACUCUUGUCACCGAUACUACCCUGCGAAAGACAACCGGAGGAAGACCAUUCAGUGUCAUUCGGCCUCAGCAUGCUAUUCCACCUGUUUUCUUUGCUCGACUCCAGUUUCUUCAGGGCCCGCAACGACCUGACCUCGGUUCAGGGCACUGGAAAAGAGUACAUCGAGCUUGCUACGCUGCAGGAACAACUACACCAGGUACUAGACCUUACUAAAGUGUCUGAAGUCCAACGAGCAGACAUUCUUGUCACUCAACAAUGGUUGCGCCUUAUGGUGUGGCAAACUGCCUUGAGGCUGGGCUUGAUCUCAUCGUCAGCGACGAAUCCUUCAUAUACCUACGUCUAUCCUAUACAGAUCGCCACCUCCCUAUGCGAAGCUCUGAGAACGCUGUCUCCAGCUGCAAUAGAGGUUCAUGGAUUGGGCAUUUUCGAGAAACAAUUCGAGAUCGCCUACUCCCUCCUCGACGCUCUGACAUUAUCCGAUGGCACACAGUCGCAACAUCAUCACGAAACGCUGCGUUCGCUACUGGAGUCUCUGUCCGCUUCUCCUAAAUCGCGGGAUGUCUAUGUUCGUAUCCUUCAGAAGAAGAUGGGACAGGAUAGUUCUGCCCGCAAGAACGAUCGAUAUGUUCGUUUGGCCAAUGUACAGUUGUUGGUCGAUGAGGGCUUGAAUCAGCGAGUUGCUCGAUGA